CAUUAAUUCUCUUCGUGCAAUUGCCCAUUCCUCGCCAUGUUUGACACAGUCUGUACCCUUCCGCUAUCCGCGGACCUCUUCUCACAGGCCCUUCACCCCAAGGAGUCUGUCGUGUCUGUGGGACUCGCCACCGGCCAUGUUCAAACGUUCCGACUCCCCACCGACGAAGCGGCCAGCGAUGACGAUGAGACGUCGGCUUCGUCAUCACGCAAUGGCAGAAGACACAUUGAUACGAUGUGGAGGACGAGACGGCACAAGGGCAGCUGUCGGUGCUUGACGUUUGGAAUUGACGGCGAGACGCUCUACUCUGCCGGCACGGACGGGCUGGUCAAGGCCGCAAAGGCGGAGACGGGUGUCGUCGAAAAUAAGAUUGCCAUUCCCACGGCGAAGGAUGGAUCUGUCGACGCCCCCACUAUCAUUCACGCUCUUUCUCCUCAGACCCUCCUUCUUGCCACCGACUCCAGCGCUCUACACCUCUACGAUCUCCGCACACCCUUCUCCAAAGUUUCCGCGAAACCUCAACAAUCACACCACCCCCACGACGACUACGUCUCAUCGCUUACCCCUCUACCGGCUUCCGAAACUAGCACUUCGGGAUUCAGCAAGCAAUGGGUGACGACGGGCGGAACCACCCUCGCCGUUACGGAUCUUCGACGGGGAGUGCUUGUCCGCAGUGAGGACCAGGAAGAGGAGCUGAUCAGCUCGGUGUACAUUGGUGGACUGGCAACUACUGGCACGAGUCGGGGAGAGAAGGUGCUCGUGGGUGGCUCUGGUGGUGUUCUCACCCUCUGGGAGAAGGGCGCGUGGGAUGACCAGGACGAGCGGAUUUACGUGCAGCCUGGAUCUGGGGGUGGAGAGUCUCUGGAGACCAUGGCCGUUGUUCCGGACGAGCUGGGCAAGGGCAAGGUGGUCGCUGUGGGUCUGGGCAAUGGCGGUGUCAAGUUUGUCCGGAUAGGCGCCAACAAGGUCUGCUCGGAGGUCAUGCACGAUGAGACCGAGGGCGUAGUUGGCUUGGGUUUCGAUGUCGAGGGCCGCAUGGUCACUGGUGGUGGCCAAGUGGUGAAGGUCUGGCACGAAGCGGUCAUCGGGGCCGAUAAGUACGGGGCGAUGCCGGGGGAGAAGCGCAUGUAUGGCGACAGUGACGACAGUGACGAUGAUGACAGCGAUGACGAUUCCGAUGAUAGCGAUGCUGGCGGCCAACAGGAGCGCGCGCAGAACAAACGCAAGAAGACGAAAGCCAAGGGCAAUGGAGGCCAACACGUCAUGGCAUUCCAUGAUUUGGAUUAAGUGGAUUUAUUGAUACCCUAAAAGGGAGAUUAUGCAUAGCAUUGGUGUCGGAAAACAAAAGGGAGUGUCAUAACCCAAUAUGGAUAAUAUUAUUCUAGAUAAUUGAGCUAUAC